AUGUGCCGAUUUUCCGUUUCAGCUUAUUUAAUCGCUGUGCUCCUAAGCUUUUCAAAAUCAAAUGGUAAUCCGGUCUUCGACGGUAGUAUAAUCACCGCCGAUGGCAACCCUCUUGAUAAACUUGAGAUGCCUGCAGCAUGCAAAGACCAGACUUUUUGCUUCGAAAAGGGUGAUAACUAUCCUGAACAGAAGGUCGAAAAAUUCUUACAAACGUUCCCUUUACAGAAACAUCUGGGCUCAAGGAUAGGCUUUAGUUUCCGAGAUGGAGAUAAAGAGAAUGGUAAUGCGGAUUGUCCAGCAAACACCACAUAUGUUGACCAACCUAUUUACUACGUUUUCGAUGAAUCGGGAAUAGUCAGACCAGUUAUUCAAUCCCCCGAGAAGUUCGAGCAACUCUACAGUACCAGAUGGUGCCUGAAUGAAGGAUAUAUAACUCAGAAUACGCGCCAUUUCUUCCCUGAAUCGAAAAGAUUAAAAAAAUUCCAAAUUGAAUGUGUCACAACGCUAAUGGAUUUGGAUUUCAUAGUGUUGGUAGAAGAAUUUGAAGAACUAACGUACAAAGUUGUGAAGGCUAUGGGUGGUAUUCCAGUUUGCUGCAAAUGUCAAUACCAUACGAAGAAAAUGCUGCAAUAA